CUUUUUUUUGUACAUACCGUGCAUAACGGCAGUAAUUCGGGGCGGCGGGUAGCUUAGUGGUUAGAGCGUUGGACCAGGUUGCUACAUCGAAUCCCGGAGCCGACAAGAGCUGGCUAAUGUUGGGACGGACUUUGAUUUUAAGGAUCCUGAGCGUCAGAGAUCGUCAUAUUCAUCGUCUCCUCAAGCUCAGACACAUCAUUGUAGAGCCUGAGGAAGAGCUCUCGUCUUCUUUCACCCUUACCAGGAAGAUCUCCCUUUUUAAGUCGCCCGAAAGAAUGGAGGAAGGACCUUAUAAGUGUGUUAGAGAUGGAAACGGAACAGUGAAUCGGGUCAUUAGGAUGGGGACCAGGAAGAGCCAGUUGGCUCGCAUCCAGACUGAUUAUGUGGCAGAGAAACUGAAGACACUUUAUCCAGAUGUCCAUCUGGAAAUAGUUGCCAUGUCCACAAUUGGUGACAAAAUCUUGGACACUGCGUUAUCAAAGAUAGGUGAGAAAAGUCUUUUCACAAAGGAGCUCGAGAAUGCUCUGGAGAGGAAUGAGGUAGACCUAGUAGUGCACUCUCUUAAAGACCUCCCGACAACUCUGCCCAAUGGCUUCACUAUAGGAGCAGUGCUUCAGCGUGAAAGCCCACAUGAUGCAGUGGUGCUACAUCCAAAGAACAGUGGACUGACCCUGGACACUUUGCCAGAUGGCAGUGUGAUUGGUACUAGCUCUCUGCGUCGGGCUGCUCAGCUGAAGAAGAGGUUUCCUCAUCUGGAGUUUAAAGACAUUCGAGGUAACCUCAACACUCGUCUGAAGAAGCUGGAUGAGAAGGAGGACUAUGCUGCCAUCAUCCUGGCGGCAGCAGGGCUGAAGAGGAUGGGGUGGGAGGCACGAGUCAGCCAGGUUCUUGGCCCUGAGGACUGUAUGUAUGCUGUUGGCCAGGGUGCCCUUGCCGUGGAGGUGCGGGCGCGAGACUGUGACAUCUUGGAGAUGGUGUCUACCCUGCACCACUCAGAGACUGUGCUGCGCUGCAUCGCGGAGAGGGCCUUCCUCAGACGCCUGGAGGGAGGUUGCAGUGUACCAGUUGCUGUGAACACAGAAGUGAAGGACUCGGUGCUCUCUCUGACUGGUGCUGUGUACAGCCUGGAUGGAGCUGACAGCUUGAAGGAGGCCAUGGAAACCAGUGUAGACCCAGGAAAUAAGUUAGAGUCGGCGGCAGACAUCCAGCAUGUUGGGGUAACAGCCCACAAUGUGCCUCAGUGUGCCCAGGUAGCAGCUGAGAAGCUGGGGGUGGACCUGGCCAAUCUCCUGCUCAGCAAAGGAGCCAUGGAGAUACUGACCACUGCUCGGAAACUCAACGACGCACGCUAAGGCCCUCUCUCCACUCCUACAGCGGGUCCCAAUUUGCUCCCGACCCCUUCCUUUGGCUCUCUAACCUUUCGGCCAAGGGGAACAAAUAGGGAGCGGAUUGGGACUGGCUGCCAAACACUGUGCAAGCCAUCAUCAGCAUCCAAGACCAGCAGAAGUCGGCAGGGUCUUGAAUAAUGUUUACUCUGAAUAUGUACAGAUUCACCUCAGUUGUAUAAACUAAAUGUACAUGAUCCUAUUUAUGUAUGAGCUACUACUCUUGAGAAUGGGUAAAUACUAGGUGAACAUUUGUAUAGAUGCUGAGGGUUAAGAAUGUGCCAAACAAAGAUUUCUGUGAGUAUGACUGACCAACUCCACACAGUAUUACAACUGAACCGUAUGACACAUCUCAGGCAAGGCCCCUGGCCUUUUUUUAAUCACUUUUCUAAACCAGAACAAAAUGAUGUUCAAACCUGGAAUAUAUUGACAGCAAGAGAAUAUAUAACUAUCAACUCUUACUGGAAAAUGUCUCAUACCGAUAGUGCCAUGUUUGUAUACUAUGUGCUUUCUAUGAAGCCUUCAUAUCUGCUUCAGCUCUAUAAAUACCGACCAGUUGUACUGAGUGAAUAGUGCUUUUUGAGGUCGUUUCGAUUAUUUAAAAAAUGAUCACUGGUUUAGAUUUAAAUGUUAUACAUUAAAUGCUCUAUGCAUUGUGGGUUGAAUGCAGUAACAGACUAAAACAAUAAAAGUCCCAUGAUGGUA